AUGUCCGAGCCCAGCAAAGUCGCGUUUGAAGUCGACUACAGGCGAUCUCCGCUUCGACAGCGCAAGCAGAACUUGCCUGAAGAAGGAGGAGACUCGGUGGAUGCGGCCGAAGGUAAGCCGCUGAUGCCGGCUGAUACUGGCAGUGCUGCAUCGCCUCAAAAUCGUAAACAAAGCGUAGACGGAUUGGAUUCCGAUGCCGAUGAUAAGCUGAUUGAUGAGUCGAACAUUGAGAGCCUGGUCAGGGACCUGCCUCAGGCCACUGACCGAACGGUGCAGUUUCUGGACAACCUGCUUGCUGUCCUCCCCAACAAAUGGAGAAACUCUAUUGUUCGUACCAUUUUCACGUUGCUGAUGGUAAGCGUCUUUUCGCUAAUCAUCUACUGGGGCCCUCUUCCGCUGAUGCUGGUGACCCUGAUCGUACAAGUGAAAUGCUUUCAGGAGAUCAUCUCCAUUGGCUAUUCGGUGUACAGGGUGCACAACCUUCCCUGGUUCCGUUCCCUUUCCUGGUACAUGCUCAUCGCCUCCAACUACUUCUUUUACGGCGAGAGCCUGAUGGAUAACAUUGGAUUUUUCAUUCGAAACGCGAAUUUCAUGUCACCGCUGAUGACAUAUCAUCGUUUUAUUUCGUUCUCACUCUACGUUGUUGGUUUUAUUUGGUUUGUUCUUAGUCUGGUGAAGAGGUACUACCUGCGUCAGUUCUCUCUGUUUGCCUGGACACAUGUAACGUUGUUGAUUGUGGUCUCUCAGUCGUACCUGAUCAUUCAGAACAUGUUUGAAGGCUUGAUAUGGUUCAUCGUGCCCGUUUCGAUGAUAGUGAUCAACGAUGUGAUGGCCUACAUAUUUGGAUUCUUUUUCGGCAAGACACCCCUCAUUAAGCUGUCGCCGAAGAAGACCUGGGAGGGCUUCAUUGGCGGCGGUCUGGCCACCGUGGUGCUUGGCAUGGUUAUUUCACACGUUCUCUGCGGUUACCAGUUCUUUGUCUGUCCCAUUGAGACCUACGAUCACGCAGAGUGGACCUUCCACUGCAAGCCGUCCUUUCUCUUUCAGCUGACCGAGUUCCACUUUUCAGGAACAAUGAAGUUUCUUUUGAAAAUUAUUGGCUUGCCACAAACCGUGGUCAUGUACCCCUUUGUGCUGCACUCCUUGGCGCUGUCGCUCUUCAGCUCGAUCAUCGGCCCCUUCGGGGGCUUCUUCGCCAGCGGCUUCAAGCGGGCGUUCAAGAUCAAGGACUUUGGCGACGUCAUUCCGGGGCACGGCGGCAUCGUCGACCGCUUCGACUGUCAGUACCUGAUGGCGACCUUCGUCAAUGUGUACAUCUCCAGCUUCAUCCGGGCGCCGAAUGAGGCGAAGAUCAUCCACAUGAUCAGCCAACUGAAACCCGAAGUGCAGAUGAACAUCCUCAAGACGAUUGCCCAAAACUUGAACUUGAAUACGACAAUGCCAGUUGUGUAG